AUGCGCCACUUGAUGCACCGCCUUCCGUUGGCAAUUGCAAAGUUCAUGACGCCGCCUGGCAUCCGUGAUAUGAUUGAGGCUCGCAUCCAUGUUCGACAGAAGAUUAGUGUCAUUCCUAGACCCAAAGCAGAGCUCGGCACGGCAAAAGACGGCAAAUCGACCUCGGAGUCUAAUUUCCACGAGUUGCGGAAUAAGCCUAAUCUCCCCGAACCCGAGAAAUCAGCCCAGAGACCUGAGGACGAAGCCGUCUUGCUGAUAAUAGCGAGAACACAGUCGACACAACUUGCACUGACCUCGGGCCAUUACCAGGAGGCACCAGAUGGCCUUCUCGAGAGGCCCGCGCAUGUGCGUUGGCAUGUAUCUCGCCAAUGCGGAGUUGGUGGCCUCUAUCGCAGCCAUGGCCCUGUGGGACAUGGAGCUUUUUGA